AUGCAGCAGGAUCGUGUUGCAAUCGCUAUCAUUGGCGCUGGCACCAUUGCGCAAACACAUGCCGCAGUCAUUGCGAAAUCUCCAGAUGCAAUUUUGUCUGCAAUAGUGGACACCAACGAUGCGGGCAGAAAUCUAGCAGAUAAAUAUCAUGCUAAGUUCUUCGGGAGUAUCGAGGACAUGCUCAAGUGGCGGUCGCAACUCAGUAUCGAUGCAGCCAUCGUCUGGAGCAUUGGGACUGUCAUUGGCGUUUCUGGUGUAUGGGCAUCACUCAAACCACCUGAAUACUUCCAAGGAAAUGGUAAAUGGCGUGGGGGUUUAGACGGUGGUGUGAUCCUCAUCAACCUCAUCCACGAAGUCGAUUUACUGCAAUAUCUCAUCGGACCCAUUCAACGAGUGUAUGCCGAGAAAGCCCUGUCAAUCCGCAGCCAUGAAGCUGAAGAAGGGCUAUCCCUUACGCUUCGCUUUCAGUCAGGGGUAGUUGGCACAUUCCUUGCCCUGGACAACGUUGCCAGUCCCUUCAAUAUUGAAGCGGGUACCGGGGAAAACCAGGAAUUAUACCCAUUCAGCGGACAGGACUGUUAUAGAAUUUUCGGGACUUCAGGGACACUUAGCAUCCCUGACAAUAAAUUGUGGAGCUACACUGAACCGAAGAAGGGUCGCAACAGCCUGCCAUGGAGGUACAUCAGGCUAGAUUCCCAAGACCUCGAGGACCUAGCAUGGCUGAUGAAGAGCGACGAUUUUCUUGGGGCCGCUGUCACGAUGCCCAACAAGAUACGAGUAAUACCAUAUCUUGAUGAGCUAUCGGACGACGCACGACGAUUGGGAUGUAUCAACACGAUAUAUGUCAAGAAAAGUCUAAAUGGUAAAGGACGGGGGUCCCUUGUAGGGACAAAUACCGAUUGGAUUGGGAUCAAAAACGCACUGCGGAACCAUGAAGCGGCCUUAGUUCAAUCCCUACAAGAUCGUCCUGCAGUGGUAAUUGGUGGUGGAGCUACGUCGCGGGCGGCAAUAUACGCGCUGGUAAAGGGCUUCAAUGUUCCAGAAGUUUUCUUAGUGAAUCGUGAUCCUACGGAGGUGGAAAUGACGAUCAAAGACCUAAAAGCACGAGGCAUGAGCGAGUCGCUCAUCCACCUGCGGACGGUCGAGGAUGUGCACGAGAUGCUGCACGGCAUGACACCAGCUGUUAUCAUUGCCACUAUUCCAGAUAGUCCUCCCCAGAGCGAGUCGGAGAAGUUAUUAAGGGCUAUAGCUUUGAGGUUGAUUGAGAUGCACUCUAGGAAUAGCCAGGUCAAACCCGGCAUAUUCUUAGAAAUGACAUAUACACCAAGCCCCUGGACGCAGUUAGCAAAGACAGCUGCAGAUGCCGACUGGAAAAUCGUCACUGGCGUUGAUGUGAUGGAAUUGCAGGCCGUCGAGCAGUCUGUUAUCUGGACAGGCCGGAAUAUCGACAAUCUACCAUAUGCAGAGGCCAGCAAGGCCAUGCGAAGCUCGAUUGUGAUGGACAAAAGAGACAAGAUAAUGUAG